AUGAGGCCAGGGAUGCGGAGCGGGCGGUGCCUGCCCGCCUGGGGAGGGAAGCGGGGGGACUGCUGCUGGGCCCGCUGGGGACGGCGUGGGGCCGGGCCGCCAGCGGCUCCAAGGCUCCGGGGACACAGAUUGCAGCGACUCCAGGCUGCAGGCUUGGCCCGGGCCGGCCAGGUGCAUGGGGGAGACCGGCUGGACUCAAGGUCUGCGGCGGCGGGGGGGGCGGGGGGCGCCACCCCAGGGCCACCCCCAGUCUCCUGGCCCUUUGCUGGCACAGCCCUCAUGGGCUUUCCCUCCCCCAGGAACAAAGUCUUGCGGCUCUCCGGGGGGCUGGAGGUUCCGGGGGCCCUCAGCUGGGAGGUGACCCUGUGUCUGCUGGCCUGCUGGGUGCUGGUCUACUUCUGUGUCGGGAAGGGGGUCAAGUCGACAGGAAAGACCUGGUCUCCGCCUGUCUCUCUCACCUGCCUGUCUGCCCUGGGGGACCCAGCGGGGAGCCUGGACACAUCCCUCCCUCAGGGGCUCCCUGUCAGGCUGCGGGGACAACUGUGCGAACAGACACACAAUAAGACAGCGUGCCGACGUUUGCGGGACAUGGCCGGGUUUCUGGAGGGCGGGACCAUUCCAGCAGGGUCCGCAGAGCAGCCGCUUGGCCCAGCUUGGGUCGUGUAUUUCACCGCAACGUUCCCCUCCGUGGUCCUUGUCGUGCUGCUGGUGCGUGGGGUGCUGCUGCCCGGAGCCGUGGACGGCAUCAUCUACUAUCUCAAGCCUGACUGGUCGAAGCUGGCGUCCCCUCAGGUAUGGAUAGAUGCCGGGACCCAGAUUUUCUUUUCUUACGCCAUUGGCCUGGGGGCCCUCACGGCCCUGGGCAGCUACAAUCGCUUCAACAACAACUGCUACAAGGAUGCCAUCAUCCUCGCACUCAUCAACAGCGGGACCAGCUUCUUUGCUGGCUUCGUGGUCUUCUCCAUCCUGGGCUUCAUGGCCACAGAGCAGGGCGUGCACAUCUCCAAGGUGGCGGAAUCAGGGCCUGGCCUGGCUUUCAUCGCCUAUCCCCGGGCCGUCACGCUGAUGCCUGUGGCCCCGCUCUGGGCUGCCCUGUUCUUCUUCAUGCUGCUGCUGCUUGGCCUCGACAGCCAGUUUGUAGGUGUGGAAGGCUUCAUCACCGGCCUGCUGGACCUCCUCCCGGCCUCCUACUACUUCCGUUUCCAAAGAGAGAUCUCCGUGGCCCUCUGCUGCGCCCUCUGCUUUGUCAUUGACCUCUCCAUGGUGACCGACGUGAGUGGGGGCAGGGGCGGGAUGUAUGUCUUCCAGCUGUUUGACUACUACUCAGCCAGCGGCACCACCCUGCUCUGGCAGGCCUUCUGGGAGUGCGUGGUGAUCGCCUGGGUGUACGGAGCCGACCGCUUCAUGGACGACGUGGCCUGCAUGAUCGGGUACCGACCUUGCCCCUGGAUGAAAUGGUGCUGGUCUUUCUUCACCCCGCUGGUGUGCAUGGGCAUCUUCAUCUUCAACACGGUGUACUACAAGCCGCUGGUCUACAACAACACCUACGUGUACCCAUGGUGGGGCGAGGCUGUGGGCUGGGGCUUCGCGCUCUCCUCCAUGCUGUGUGUGCCCCUCCACCUCCUGGGCUGCCUCCUCAAGGCCAAGGGGACUGUGGCUGAGCGCUGGCAGCACCUGACGCAGCCCGUGUGGGGUCUCCACCACUUGGAGUACAGAGCUCAGGACUCGGACGUCAGGGGCCUGACCACCCUGACCCCAAUGUCUGAGAGCAGCAAGGUGGUGGUGGUGGAGAGCGUCAUGUGACAGGUGCCCCGGCUCACAUCACCAGCUCACCCUCUCGUAGCCAUAGCAGCCCCUGCUCUAGCCCCCCAC